UUUCUUUCUUUCUUUCUUUCUUUUAUAUCAUAUUCACUACAUAUUUUAUAUUUUUUAUUUAUUUUAGUUUUUUUUUUAAACUAUACCUAUUAACGAUAUAUAUAUAUAUAUAUAUAUAAACACACAUAUAUAGAUAGAUAGACUACAGUAUCAAAUUAAAUUUUAAACUUUAUUACAUUACAGAAAUACAUACACAGCGUAAGAUUUAUAAUAUAUGUUUGAUGCACCUGAAAGUACACUUUAUGAUUCUUUGAAUACUGUAUUCGAAAAUCCAAAAGAAUAUUUGGCCGAUAUAUGUUUUGUCUAUCCAUCGGACGAUAUCUGGGCACAUCGAGCUUUGAUUUUGGCUCGUGCACCAAAAGAAUUUAUAGACCAAUAUUUACCGGAAUUGUUAGAACCUAAAGAAUCACCAUUAAGACUAAAUAUUAGCCAUAUUAUCCCUCAUCAUUUAAUAAUUCCUUUACUUCGAUUUUGGUACACUGCAUCUUAUUAUAAUACUGUAUCACCUCAGUCAAGUCUGUCGGAUCUAUCAACGAUUGCAUCUCCUAUAACUGAUAAAGAUUCUGCCAUCGCCCUUCCUUCUUUAUCAAAUUAUGACAUACAGAAAGAGAUAGAACAGCUGGGGCUUGAAUUAGGAACAGCUUUAUUACCACCUCAUUGUGAAUCAAUACCCGAUUUUGUUCAAUUAACAAGUGAUUUAAAACGUAUGCGUAACGAAGAACUAGCCACAGAUGUCACGAUCAACCUUAUUUCAUCAAAAGCGAAUAACGAUAAUAUACCUAGUAUCCUUUCAACAACACCUGACAAUCAUACACAUGAAAUCAAUGUCCCCAUCGCUUCCUUUCAGGCUCAUAGAUUCAUCUUAGCCGCUCAAUCUCCAUACUUUUAUUCACUCUUUUGUACUCAAUUUCAGGAAGCUUCAAGUUCCGUAGUUCACUUUACAGAUGACCUUUUCAAUGAAGCUAUCAUUCAUGUCGUUCUUAACUUCUUUUACACUGAUAAGAUCAUUGUCAAGCCAUUACCAUUCAAUUCUACCAUGACAGCUUCUCGAACCCAACGUCGUCUUCAACAACAUAAAUAUGCCCUCCGAGUCAUUCAGAAAACAUUUCAUUCUGCUGAUUUCUUGGGCCAUAUUGAUACCCUAGGACAAGCACUGCUACAUGAAAUGGACACACUUUGUCAUGGUUUCAAGUGUGUUUGUUCUGAAUGUGCUGUUUUAUUACCUUCCAUGUUAGCAUGGUCAGAUAAGCAUGCAUAUAUGGUUCCUAAUUUACGGCGAGCCCUUAUUUUGCAUUAUUCGGAUCCUGUCCAGUCACUAUCCUCUCUCUGGUCACAACGUCCUUUUGCUUUCCUUAUCACCUCCCUUGUACCCUCUUCAGCAAGCCUGGGUGAAGAGACAUUACAGGCCGUAAAUAAACAAGAGCCUCUCUUUCGCGCCCGCAAGCCUGAGACCCUGAUUCACGAUAUUGAAGAACGCACAUUUUAUAAUAUUACAAAACAUAAUGCAAUACAUGUCUUACACUCUUUACACCUCUGUCUCUCACAGAUACGAACCGUAGAUCCUAAACCUACCUGGUCACGACCCUCUCUCGACCUCAUUAAUCCUAUCCUUCAAUACACCGUCAGUAUGGUCUCUCAAUUCUUUGAUUUUUAUUGUGUUGAGUAUCCUAUCCUCUUGUCAUGUGUAGACGGUAUCGGUGCUGGAUUCUCUGUUGAUUUUUUAGAUUUCUUACUUCGACAUGUUUUGAGUGAGGGUAUCAAGGACACAAACGCAGGUGUGAUCUACCAGGGUAUUCGACGUGAUCUAGUAGGGCGUCAAGAGGUAGUGAAGAAUAUGGCAAUUGAUGAAGUUCUUAUUAAGGGACGUAUUCGAUGCGCUCAAUACAUUAGUAAAAAUUGGGUCAAUAUUAAGGCGCAAGGAGGCUUUAGGACACUUGAGAAGGCAACACUUCGUCAACUCGCAGAGGACAUUGAUGUACCUUAUCGAUCCCUUACGAAACCCUUUGAUGACUUUGCUAAUAUCUUUAGUUUCAAGCCUCGAAGGUCCAAGAAAUAUCAGGAAGAAUACAAGAGUUCUUCAUCAUUCACGUCAGCCUAUACACGGCGUCUUUCCUUAACACAUCUCAUGUCACAAGAUAACACACGAUCUCAACGACCAAGGGCAUUAUCUACAGAAUCUGUUCUAGUUAAUUUAAGGCGAUAUCGCACAGCAGAGCAAGCAAUACCUCCACCAACAAAUAAUCAACCUCUGAUUCAUCUCUUGUCCUAUGAGACUCAGGAACGUGCAAAGAGACUUGAAGGAGUAAAUGAAGUAGAAGAUACUGUACCUAAUAAUGAUGAUAGUAGUAACUUUAGACCUAUGUUGAGAACGAGUUCCUCUUUCACUUCCUUGACAGAUCAAUUAUUACCUCUGGAUGCAUGUUUUGUGGAACAUCACCAUCAAACACCAGCACUAUCCCCAUCCCCAUCCCCAUCAUCAGAUACAACACGGCCUUUAAGACUUAAAUUCGAGUUGCCAUCAACACCUGUACGGGCGAAAUCGCCAUCUAAAUCAAACAAUGGGUUCUUAUCACCACAUAGUAAACAACGAAGAGGAAGUAAGAGUGGUCGUCGAUCGAGAUGGAGCAUUGGUAGUAGUAGUGAUGUAAGCGAUGAAGAAGAGAUAGUGCAACCUGUAUUAGGUGAUAAAAUUGAACUCCUGAGACGACCGUUACCUACGUUGGGGACAAUUAAAUAUAUUGGGCCUGUUCAGUUUGCUGAAGGCCCCUAUAUUGGUGUUGAAUUAGAAAGUCGACUUGGGAAGACAGAUGGAUCAGUCGAUGGGGUUCGUUAUUUUCAAACAGAUCCACAAAGAGGGCUUUUUGUUAAACCCGAUGAUUUUAUUAUCAUUAAUUCACAAAAAUAAAUAUUUUAUAUAUACCAUUUUUUUUUUCUUUAUAUUACUACUUGUAAAAAAAAAAUAAAAAAAUAAAAAAUAAAAAAAUAAAAAUAAAAAAAUAAAAUAAAUUUUUAUAUUUUUUAUCCCUUUUUUUAUUUUUCUUUUUUUUUUUUUUUUUUU